AGUCCACAUCCUCUCUUUAAUAAAGUCAGUACUACAAUAAUCCAGGCCGAAAAGGUGAACCGUCUGCGGAAUGAGGUACAAAUAAAGCAUGAAGAAGACUACAAGGAAGCCAUAGUUACAAUCAAGAAUGACCUGAGAUUAACAGAAGGUCCAGAUAUCAAGGAGAGCCUUCAAGACCAGAUUCGACAUUGGUUCAUUGAAUGCAGGAAUUUAACUGGCACAUUUCCUGACUACCCUUCUAUAGAAGAAGGCGGUUCGGCUAUUAUUUUUUCUGAAAAGACCACACAACAGGUUAUUGAUGAUAUCAUUGCAAGUCAAGAAGAGGAGGAAAAAAACGAAAAGAAGAAAGAAAAGAAAAAGGAAAAAAAACCCAAGAUAGCCAAAAAAGGAAAAAAAGGAACAAAGGGAAAAUAUAAGGAAGAAGAUGAGGAGUGGAAAAUGUCACCAAGUGUUUUCCUUCAUGCAAUGGAGGAAGAAAAUAACAUAUACAAAGAAAUGUGGAUGAAUAAAGAUGAAUCUUGGAAUUUCCCUCAGGACUAUGAUCCAGAAAUGAUUAAAGAGGAGAAACGGAAAGAAUUAAAGUCAGAAAUAAGGGUGCAGGUUGAUGAAUUGAUGAGACAGGAAUUAAAAAACUUAAAACUGAUUGUGGACAGAGAAAAGGAACAUCCAGCCAAAACAGGAAAGAAGAAAGGGAAAAAAGGGAAGAAAGGCAAAAAAGGGAAGAAGGAUAAAGAUCUGACAGCUGACAGGACCAUCGAGUCUCUAUAUAAGGAACUGGUGGAAGAAGGAUUACUGAUCCCAGCUCUGAAAGUCAACCUCUCUGAAUUCAUUGGUGAGUACAGCUACCUGGGGACCACCCUUCGCCAGGUGUCCAUAGAACCCAUGCCUUCUCUCCUGGACGUCAGACAGCUCAUCACCUUGUACGGAAUCUUGCCUUUAGGUUCUGCAGCAGUGCAUGAGAAAGCACCUUUGGUGAAAUCACUGCUGUUGGUCGGGCCAGCUGGGGUGGGGAAGAAAAUGCUGGUCCACGCCAUCUGUACCGAAACGGGAGCCAACCUCUUCAACUUGUCUUCAUCAAACAUUGCCAGGAAGUACCCUGGCAAAAAUGGCCUACAAAUGAUGCUGCAUAUAGUCUUCAAGGUGGCUCGGCAGCUCCAGCCCUCUGUGGUAUGGAUCGAAGACACAGAAAAAACCUUCUACAAAAAAGUUCCCAUCGCAGAAAAGAAGAAUGACCCUAAACGUCUGAAAAAACAGCUUCCAAGAAUUCUGAAACUCCUGAAACCGGAAGAUAGGAUUCUAAUUGUGGGGACAACACAGCGUCCUUUUGAUGCUGAACUUCAAUCUUUCUGCAAAGUUUACCAAAAAAUUAUUUUGGUUCCCAGACCAGACUAUGCUUCCAGAUAUGUUUUGUGGAAACAAAUCAUUCAACGCAAUGGAGGAGACCUUACUAAUGCCUUGAAUAUCAGUUGCCUUGCAAAAGUCACUGAUGGCUUCACCCAAGGACAUAUAGUCAAAGUGGUUAAAGAUGUGCUCACAGACCGGCGAAUCCUGCAGCAAGCUCAUAAACCACUCACUGCAGUUGAGUUCAUUAUGGCAAUGACCAGCAUGAACCCAGUGUACAAAGAGGAAGAAGAGAGCUUUAAGAACUGGUAUGCCAAAACCCCUCUGGGUAAAAAGCGUGUCUUGGCCUUAACAGGAGGUGACACAGACAAGGCCAAGGAUAAAGGGAAAAAGAAAGGAAAGAAAGAAAAAAAGGAGAAAAAGAAAAAGUAA